UACUUGGAAGUCUUCCAAUUGAGUUUCGUCCUCAACUUCCUGGUAGCCGCCUUAGUGGAGUUUUAUACCCCUAGCCAACAACGUCAGUCCACAAGGGUAACACCGUGUUAAAUCAUUUAUUAAGUCAACAUGGAUGUUUUGUGCUUCUCCUUUGACUGUACUUUCAAUGACGAAGGCAGCUCGAACUGUAGUACUACCGACCCAAAGUACUCGAAAACGACGACACCUACACCAACUACCCAGCUUGCGCCAUUAUCGACAUCACAUCGCACAGCAACGGCUUUGACAUCUAUAUCUACACCAAUUACACCUGAACCAAAACCAUCUCCAGGUAGAUCAUCUACGACGACAGUACCUACAGAGAUACCAACUUUGGCAAACCCAUCUUCUCAGAAACCUACAGUUGUGACUACACCAAAAAGUUCUAUAUCAACUUUGACCACUGGGACCUUACCACAUACAGUAACGACUAGUGUGAGCGUUACAACCACUGCCAACAACAGUCGACUGCCAGAUCCUCCAAUGCCUCACAAAGGGACGUCACAUCUGCCAGGUGACUCUGCUGGUGGAAAGUCAAUCUACAUACCGUGUUCGGUUGUGGGUUGUGUAAUAGUCCUCCUCUUCGUCAGUAUUAGUGUUAUACGUCGGCAUAGAAACCGCAGGCGAAGUUCGGAGGAGAGACAGCAUUUGCAUCCUGAUAGUGGCAUCAGUUUUGACGUUCAUCCGUUCGAAAUUAUCGACACACAGAGGGUUCAACCAGCUACAUUAACAGCUAAUGGUGACCCCAUGUUUUCGGACGUCCCCUUAGAUGACGAUAUCAGCGACACGGAAGGAAAUGAAGUUGAACGUAUUGACCUGAUUCACCUUAGUUCGGGUGAGAGUGAUGACUUGGAAACAUCACCAAGAGUUAAUUUCGAUGAAGUCAUAUUUGAUGCAAGCACUGUCCGUCAAAAACAUCAUAACCAUGGUGUCAAUAACUCAGGAGUUGUUUGAAAUAUUCAGCCGAUUUCUUUAGUACAAAAAUGGCCCUCAAAUGGAUGCUAACAACAUUCAUGUAAAAGACUUGGUUUUUGACAUAGUCAUUUGUCUCUGAUGGAAAAUAGGCUUUGCUAUUUCCUUUGUUGAGGGAAUCUGUAUAUCCGUCUAAUAAAAGAUAAGUCACACAAUGUUUCCCUUGAACGAUGAUAUCUACGUACACUGGUCAAACAUAAUGUAAGUCGUCACAUUGCAAAAUAAAAUAUAAUAUAUUUUUGGUUAAUCGCUCAGACAUCAAAUACAGAUACACGCCACUCUGUUAUAAACGCACGUGCUACGAUAUAUUCCUCAAAGAUUGACGUAACAAUUCAUUAUGGCGCUUUUGAGAUUCGUCUCUCACACAAUUCAUUUGAAGUUUGUAUUUUACUGACAUCGUGCUUAUUGUGUGUCUUGUGGUAUCGUUGUCCGUAACCUGAUACUCAUUUAGCAUCUCAGGUGCCAAUAUUUUCCCUGGAUAACAUACAAACGCGUUGCAUAUACAUUUAUAUUGUGCCACUUAAAACGUAAUAGAAAUACAUAGGUUCCCACACACCUAUAUUAUGCAAUGUAAUCUAGAUAUAUAAAUAAUUUUCACAUGCUGUCUUUCAAAUGUGUAUAUACAGACGUAUAAAGCAUUAUGCUAAGUGGCAUAUGUGCGGGAAUCGGAUACUAGUUAACUUUGUUCGUAUAAGAGUGGCUUGAUGUCUUUCUUUAUUUCUUCAAAUAUCUUAACUUCCUGUUGAUAAUUCCUUAAGGAAAUCGUCUUAUGCUAGCUAUACAAAAAAGGUAAUAUUUCCCGUUAACAUGAAUAGAUCUUUAAACUUCAAGUUUUAUUUAUUGUUAAUUCAUGUUUGAAUCAUGAAAUACGUUAAACAGCAAAGGUACAUACCGGCUAUUAUGGUGACGAUGUAUCGAAUGUAACAUAAUGCACAAAAUCACAGGUAUAUCGAUAGCAUAAUUUAAAUUGCUGUGAUGUUAUUCAUCAGUACAAAUAGGUACAGCUUAAUCUAAAUAUGAAAAGGACAAUGAAUUGGUAUAGAUUUCCUCUGAAAUUAGGUUUAACUAGCAUAUGUCAUAUUCAAUCUGAUUAUGUUAAUGUUCAAUACAACAUAUCGUAUAAGGCAAUGUUAUAUGUACAUACAAUUUGAAUAGUUUUAACAGGAAACUAUGCAUAGAAUCAGCUGAGCUAUAUCAUAAGCAGGGGAGAUAGGUAGAACGCUGUCGAGUGAAAUAAAGUUAAAAAUGAUGAAAUUAAA